AUGACAUCGGCCCCCAAAAGGGUCCCUAUCCCCCGUAGGGGAGUAGACUACCGAGGCAAGAUUGUCCUCGCGCCCAUGGUUCGCUCGGGGGAGAUGCCAUCUCGACUGCUAGCCCUUCACUAUGGCGCAGAUUUGGUAUGGGGUCCGGAAACCGUCGAUCGAUCCAUGAUUGGAACCACCCGCAGAGUCAACGAGACCCUCAAGACUAUCGACUUCACCCGACUGCCUUCAAAUGGCUCCAAAGACCCAUGUAAAAAUCGGCCCGAGAGUCUCAUCUACCGCCUACAUCCCGAGCGAGAGGGCGCCCGCCAUAUCUUCCAAAUAGGGACCUCCGACCCCGAAAGAGCUGUCCAAGCCGCCCGUCUCGUUGCCGGCGAUGUGGCCGGGAUUGAUGUAAAUGCUGGCUGCCCGAAACCAUUCAGUACAAGUGGAGGGAUGGGUGCGGCGCUCCUGCAGACUCCCGACAAGCUUUGCUCAAUUCUAGAGGCACUGGUGAAGGAGAUAACCCCGGAAUUCGAGAUUGGGAUUAGUGUCAAGAUCAGACUAUUGGAGACACCAGAGUUGACAGAGACUCUGGUGCGUAAACUAUGUGCUACCGGUAUUACUGGCCUUACGGUUCACUGCCGAACGACACCUAUGCGACCCCGAGAGCGAGCUAUUCGGGAGCAAUUGAAGAUGAUCACAAACAUUUGCCGGGAAAAUGGAGUGGCAUGUCUUAUGAAUGGCGAUGUAGAGGGUCGAGCACAAGCCGAGCAGCUUAUUACCGAAUAUGGCGUAGAUGGUGCUAUGAUUGCAACAGCUGCAGAGACAAACCCGAGUUGUUUUAGGUCCGAGGCCGAUGGGGGGUUAGCGCCGUGGACCGAAGUUGUUGAGCAAUAUAUGAAAACCGCUUUUGAGGUUGAGAAUCGAUUUGGAAACAGCAAGUACUUGCUCGGCCACCUAAUCCCUGGGAAGCAGCCGGCACACCGAGAAGUUACGGGUAGUAAGUGCUACCACCAAGUUUGCAAGAUUCUAGGCCUGGAAAAGCUCGAGGAUUUAGCCAAAGAGGUUGACGAGAGAAUUGGAAUCACUCCGGGAGCCGAGACCCAAGGAAGACGAGGCAAGAAGAAUAAGAGCGCCCUGGCAGCAGGUGGCAAUCAAGGGAAGAUCAGAUCACUCGAGGCUGGGCAUAAAAAGAACCUUUCCGAAAGAGGCGUUCAGAACCAGGCACCUGUAGCCCUGAAUGUCUGA